AUGAAAGCUGCUACUUUGCUUCUAGGACUGGCUUCGGCCUCCUUUGCGGCAGACCUCCCCGUCGUGGACCUCGGAUAUGAAUUGCAUCGCGCAUUCUCCUUGAAUCACACAACGGGUCAGUACAAUUUCAGCAACAUUCGAUAUGCGGCUCCUCCCUGGACCGGUGAUGUCGGGCGCAUGUGCCCCCAGGCUACUCCCUUGUGGGAGACCGCUAUCGAGCCGUCAUUCCUGUUGAGUCUGCUGUACAACACCACGUUUACCAAGUCCACCAACAUCUCCUCCUACAACUAUACCGCGGAGAAGAUCGAUCCCCGCGUGACCGAGGAUUGCCUCUUCCUUGAUGUGGUGGUGCCUCAAAAGAUCUUCGAUCGUGCUCGCUCGUACACCAACAGCACGAAGAAUAAGUCCUUCAUUCCUAAGAACAAAUUGGCCCCUGUGCUGGUAUGGAUCUACGGUGGCGGUUACGUGGGCGGCGAUAAGAGUGUCGUCGGUGAGGGUGUGGUAUACGUUGCGCUUAACUACCGACUCGGCGCUUUUGGGUGGCUUGGUGGUGAAUCUAUCAAGGCGAAUGGAACUGCCAACGCUGCUCUGCACGACCAGCGGUUCGCUCUGGACUGGGUGUACAAGAACAUUCACCUCUUCGGCGGCGACCCCACUCGAGUGACCGUCAUGGGCGAGUCUGCCGGUGGUGGUUCCAUCAUGCACCAGAUCACGGCCUAUGGAGGCAACGCAGGGCCUUCUCCCUUCAAGCAGGCCAUUCUCCAAAGCCCCGGCUGGGUUCCCAUUCCGGAUGAGAGACAGCCUGAGCAAACUCUGCAGCAGUUUCUGGAUGUUCUCAACGUGAGCACCAUCGACGAAGCUCGCAAGUUGCCCUCGAGCAAGUUGAUCGCGGCCAAUGCUUAUCAGGUCGCGACCAAGUCCCAAUGGGGCUCCUUCAUCUACGGGCCCGUGGUUGACGGGACCUUUGUUCCUGAAUUGCCCGGCAAGCUUCUCAAAGAAGGCAACUUUGACCACAACCUGAACAUCAUGGUUGGACACAACGCCGAUGAGGGACUCGUCUUCACGUCUCCGGAUAGCCGCGAUGAGAACGGACUCACCAUGCAGCUUAAACAGCAGUUCCCCUACAUGAAGAAGAACGUCAGUGAUUACGUCGCCAACACCUUGUACCCACCCAAGUACGAUGGCUCCUACGGCUACACCACGCCCCUGGCGCGUGCCGCCUUGGUGAUCUCGGAUUUGGUCUUUGUGUGCAACACCGACUACUUCAACCGAGCCUACGAGAACCAGACCUACGCGUACGAGUUCAGUGUCCCCCCAGCCAUCCACGGGCAGGAUGUCGGGUAUACCUUCUUCAACAAGGGCGAGCAGUCUGGUAAUUCCCUGCUCGGCAAGCAGAAUAGCACUGUCGCCGAGGUCAUGCAGGACUACUUCACCUCCUUUGCUCAGAGUGGCAAGCCUCGCUCUCCGCUCGGUCCGGGCUUCCACCAGUACGGUGAGAAGGGCACCCUGGUGGAUUUGAGCACCACCAAGAUCGCGAGAGAGCGUGACCCGACCAACAACCCUCGCUGCCGAUUCUGGCAGACUGCCAACUUUGCUGGUGAGGCCUGA